AUGGCGGCGGGGCCUCGGCUGGCUCGCUGGCUCGCUGCUCCCGGUCGGCGCCCGCUGCGGCCUGCACAGGAAGGCCGGUGUUCCGAGGGGACGCCCGGGUGCCCGCUGGGGGCGCCGUUCGUGCCCAGAGGCUGCCGCGGGACAGGCAGUGGAGUGGCCAUGGAGAAGUAUCAGGUUCUGCGCCGGCUGAAGCCUGGAGCUUUGGGGGUGAACCUGGUGGUGCAGGAAACGGAGACCAAGGUGAAGCGGGUGAUAAAGCAGGUGGAAUGCAUUGAUAAGCACCAAGCCAAUGAGGCCCUGGAGGAGCUGAUGCCACUGCUGGAGCUGCAGCACGCCCACGUCGCCACGUACCACGAGCUGUUCCUGACCUGGAACCAGGAGAUCUCCUCCCUGUGGCUCUGCCUGGUGAUGGACUACAACAAGGGCAGCCUGCAGAGGGCCAUCGAGAGUAAGAGGAAGGCGAAGGCGGCCAUGGACGCGGUGUGGCUGCAGAACGUGCUGGGCCAGGUGUUGGACGCUCUGGAGUACCUGCACCAGCUGGGCAUCGCUCACAGGAACCUCAAGCCGUCCAACAUCGCCCUGGUCGGCGGCAGCCACUGCAGACUGCAGGACCUGAGCUGCAACAAGCUGAUGGUGGACGAGGCCAAGUGGAACAUCCGUGCCGAAGAAGACCCCUUUCACAAGUCCUGGAUGGCUCCCGAAGGCCUCAGCUUCUCCUUCAGCCCGAGCUCGGACGUCUGGUCCCUGGGCUGUAUCAUCCUCGACAUGGCCAGCUGCUCCUUCCUGGAGGCCACAGAGGCCCUGCACCUGCGCAAGUCGCUCCGCGAGGGCCCGGGCGGCCUGAGGGCCGUCCUGAAGACCAUGGCGGAGAGGCGGAUCCCAGACACGGACACCUUUGCCUACCUGUUGCCGCUGAUGCUCCAGGUCAGACCCCUGGACCGAGCAACAGUCAGGGACGUCCUCCACGUCACCUUCGUGAGCAGCUCCUUCAAGUCCUCGUGCAUUGCGCUGUCCCUGCACCAGCAGGCGGUGCCCCCGUCCAUCACGGACGCGCUGCUGGACAGCAGCAUCGCCAGCAUCCUAGAGGUCAUGCAGAACUUCUCCAGCCGGCCCGAGGUCCAGCUCCGAAGCAUGCAGAGGCUUUUGACGAUGCGGGAAGAUGAGCUAGGUGUGCCGUGGCCCAUGGAGCUGGUGGAGGUGGUGAUCGCCGCCAUGAAGCAGCACGAGCGGCUCUUGGACGUGCAGCUGUGCGGCUGCUCCCUGCUGCUGCGCGUCCUGGGCCAGGCGCUGGCACAGGACGCGUCGGCAGAGGCCCCGUGGGACAGCGGCACGAUCGCCAGCCUGCUGAGCGUCCUGCGGAGUCACCGGGAGCAGCAGCUGGUGGUGAUGGUCUACAGCCUGCUCACCAUCGUCUGUAGCCAGGCGUCGACCUCAGAGGAGCUGCAGAAGGCGGGGCUGUUUGAGCACAUCUUGGAGCACGUUGCUGAGCAGCUGACCCGCUUCCCCGGCAACAGGGACCUCUGCAUCGCCAGCCUGGGCCUGCUGUGGGCCCUGCUGGUGGACGCCGCCAUCGUGAACAAGGCCCCCCUGGAGAAGAUCCCAGGCCUGGUUGUCCAGGUGCUGACCGCCUACCCCGUGGACGUGGAAAUGGCUGAGGCCGGCUGUGGGGUCUUCUGGCUGCUCUCGUUGCUGGGCUGCAUACAGGAGCAGCAGUUUGAAGAGGUGGUGGCACUGUGCCUGCGGAGCAUCCGGCUGAGCCAGGACAGGGUCCUGCUAGUCAACAACGCCUGUCGGGGGAUGGCCAGCCUCGCCAAGGUGUCAGAGCUGGCGGCCUUCCGGGUGGCGGUGCUGGAGGACCACGGCAGCGGGCUCACGCUGCUCAGGGACCUGUACCAGCGGCACAGGGACGACCCCGAGGUGGUGGAGAACCUGUGCAUGCUGCUGGCGCACCUGGCCCGCUACCGGGAGAUCCUGCCUGAGCUGACCUCCAACGGCAUCGGGGCCCUGGUGCAGGAGAUCCGGGGCCGCUUCUCCUCCAGCCUGGAGCUGGUUUCCUACGCAGACACGGUGCUCAGCAGGCUGGAGGCGGCCGAGCUCCCCAGCCCCCAGAAGCAGGAGCGCCCCCACCUCCCGCAGGCCUCCGGCCUCCUCACAGGCCCCCUGCCCCAGCCCUGA